AUGGCUUCGUCCCACAACGGCGGCCGCUUCGCCUCCCGCACCGCCUUCGAGGCGCUCCAGGUCGAAGAGAUCGAAUCCGACGAGGAAGAGGUCGUUCAGCAGAAGACACCUGCUAAGCCAGCUCAGACCGCUGCUCCCAAAGCCUCACCUGUCAAGGAAGCCAAGAAGCCCGCUGCCAAGGACAAGGCAGCCGCUCAGCCGGCCAAAACGGAGGCACAGUUCGAAAAGGCCGCCCCAACGCCUUCCAAGGGCGCUGCAGCCCAGGACACAGCGAAGCCAGCCACUGGCAACGGUACCAAUGGCGUCAACGGCCAUGAAUCCCUCACCUCGACUAUCGCAGAGAAGGUUGGUCUUCAGAGCGAUAACGUGCCCACGCCCCCUGCUCCCUUCGCUCCUGGCGCCCCGAAGCAAGGCAAAGCAGCCGCUCAGCCGACCUCCGCUCCUGCAAAGCUAGCACAGGCAGCCGAGACCAAGCUCGAGUCCGUUCUCGACAAGGCAGCCAGCGCUGUUGGUGUUGACUCCUCCCAAAAAGACAAAUCGCAGCCCGCACAGCGACAGGCUCAACCAGAGCCAGCCAAGCCCCAACCCAUGCAAAGGCAGCUCUCCAAUCCGCAACAGAAGCAGCAGCAGAGUCAGGGAGAUGCUUCCGCUGAUUCCAAAGCAUUCUGGAAAAAGGUCUGGGACAGGACUCUCUUCGGUUUCGCCAUGAUCGGAGGAUUCAUCGGUCUCGUGCUCCUCGGCCAUCCGUACCUCAUCCUGUUUGUCAUGGUCUGCCAGACGCUCGUCUAUCGCGAGGUGGUAGCUCUCUUCAACAUCCCCAACAGACCCUCCGUCACCGGCGGCGGUGGAGGCACAGGACGUUCAAGUCGCAUGUCGUCGGCUCCCAACAGCGCCGCCGCCAGCGAAGUGGACGAGAAUGAGGAAGAGGAGCGCAUUCAGAAGCGCCUCGAACGUCGUCGCGAUCAGCUUUGGAGCAAGACGCUCAGCUGGUACUUCUUUGCCGCCGCCAACUACUUUUUGUAUGGCGAGUCGAUCAUCUACUACUUCAAGCACAUUGUCUUUGUCGACGCCUACUUCAUCCCCUUCGCCCGGCACCAUCGCUUCCUUUCGUUCAUGCUCUACGUGUUUGGCUUCAUGGCGUUCGUCUCGAACCUCAAGCGUCGCAACCUCAAGUACCAAUUCGGCCUCUUCUGCUGGGUGCACAUGUCGCUGCUUCUCAUCGUGUUUUCGAGCCAUUUCAUGGUCAACAACAUCCUCGAGGGGCUCAUCUGGCUCUGGGUUCCUGCUUGCCUCGUCGUUUGCAAUGACGUCUUUGCCUACGUCUGCGGUAUGACGUUCGGCAGGACGCCAUUGAUCGACCUCAGUCCCAAGAAGACAGUUGAGGGCUUUGUGGGAGCCUUCUUCGUCACCGAGGUGUUUGCCUUCGGUUGGGCCACCUUGUUCCAACGCUACAACUACUUCAUCUGCCCCGCUGUCAGCCUGGGCAUGAACGCAUUCAAGGAGAUCACCUGCGAGAUCAACCCUGUUUUCCACUGGCACUACCUUUCGCUGCCUCCUGCGCUUUCGUCGUUGGCAUCUUCGAUCGUAGGUCACCGCGUUUCUUCGCUGCCCUGGACUCCUUUCCAGCUGCACGCUCUCGUAUUGGCUUCCUUCGCCUCGCUGGUGGCGCCCUUCGGAGGUUUCUUUGCCAGUGGCUUCAAGCGUGCCUUCAACAUCAAGGACUUUGGUGACAGCAUUCCCGGUCACGGUGGUCUCACCGACCGGUUCGACUGCCAGUUCCUGAUGGGUCUUUUCACGUACGUCUACUACACUUCGCUCAUCCGAGAGCACCACGUCACGGUCGGCACGGUGCUGCAGACCGUCGUCACUCAGCUCACGCUCGAUGAUCAGAUUGAGCUGUACAACGAGAUCAGCCGCUACCUCGUGGGCCAAGGCAAGCUUCCCAAGGCUUGA